CAGCCGCAUAUACGUUAUCGUGAAAGUGAAUUCAAAAAAUUUCGGUCAAAUCGCGGUUCAUUUACGCUAUUUUAAAUGCGUCGUUUAUUAGAGAGAGAGAGAGAAAAUCAUUCGAAUUAUCGAAAAAGUUGAUAUAACUAUAUAUUGAUUGUGCGUGAAAGAAAGGGGAAGAGCAAGAAAAAAAACAACGGUAAUAAAAGUUAUAGUGAAAAAUUGAAAAGUAAACAAUUUUGAAUGUAUUCAAUUGAUAACAUAUCGGCUAUACCGUAAGCCGAUAAAGAAGUGUCGACACACAAAACGGCAGAUAAAAAAAUUGACCAAGCAAAAAAAAAAUAGAGUAGAAAUUCGUAACGCAGUGUACAAGUGUGAAAUUUGAAACGUAAUAAAAUAACACAGCAACAAUUACUAAGUUUGACGGAAAAGAAAACACGCGAAAAAUCAAAACAGUCACAAAAUGAGUGUACAACCGAAACGACAACAGUGUUAUUUAUGUGAUUUGCCGCGAAUGCCAUGGGCAAUGAUCCAUGAUUUUAGCGAGCAAGUAUGUCGUGGAUGUGUGAAUUAUGAAGGUGCCGACAGAAUUGAAUUGGUUUUGGAUGGUGCACGGCAAAUGAAACGGGUUCAUUCAGCUACUAAACGUGGCCACGGUGAAAAUGGUGAGGUCGCCACACAUCGUAGCAGUUCAAGUGCAGCAGCAGCAGCAGCCGCUGCAGCGGCCGCUGGCUUAGUUGCACCAUCAGCCCAUCAUCAUUCAUAUUCAUUGCAAGCAUCACAGCCCGGUGGCACCGGACCACGUUUAUUGGAUUUUACUCCAAAAAUGGAACCACACGAUACUGGUCGUCCAGUUCGCAUUCACAUGCCAAAUGCUCCACAUCAUAUGCCAAUUGCUGGCCGGGUACAACCCCAAGCUCCACAGCCGCCAUCAUCGCAACAACAACAACAGCAACAACAACCAUCAGCACCACCAUCUCAAGCCCCAUCACAACCAUCACCACAACAAAUUCCACCCAGUUUGUCAACGGUUGGAUUAAAGCGGCCAUCUGAAGACGAUGAACAAGAAAGUGGAAGUUCAAAGCGGAUUAUGUCCGAAGAUCAAGUACGCCCACCAUUGAGUCGCGGUGAUUCGUUGCCAACACCAUUUGGCGGUGAUCGUCAACCAAAUUUCAAGGAUAAACAUCCAAUUCGUGCUCCCUCAUUCGACACGGCAACAUUCAAAGCAAGCAUUUACCCAACAUCAAUGCCAUUGCCCAUACCACUGCCAGUUGGAGAUCCAACGCCACCAGCACAAUCAGCAACUUCACAAAGCCCAAUGGCUAAUUUAAUGUCCAUUACAGAAACACUACCGCCGGGAAGCCCACGGAAUGGUUCGUCACCACCAGGACCACCACCUCCACGUACCGCAUCGCGUGGCAGUCAACAUUCGCCAAACAGUUCAGGCUCGAGUGGACGACGAUCAUCUGGUUCACGGCAUGUUUCAAGUACGACAGUGACAUCAUCUGAAGCACAGCAACAAAAUGCCCAAGGCAAUUUGCCAGGCGUUCCAAUUCCAGUCAGCAAUGCAUCAAAUCUUACUGCAAAUGCUCCAUCGGCUGAAGGUCUCGGUGUUCCACCAACUGGUAAUACAACCGCUGGCGCUACCCCAGCACCAAAUCCAACGCUGAAGUGUACAUUGUGCCAGGAACGUCUUGAAGACACACAUUUCGUACAGUGUCCAUCAGUGAAUCAUCACAAAUUCUGUUUCCCAUGCAGUCGGGAGAGCAUCAAACGACAGGGUUCUGGCUCUGAAGUAUAUUGUCCCAGUGGUGAUAAGUGUCCGUUGGCAAAUUCAACAAUUCCAUGGGCAUUUAUGCAAGGUGAAAUUGCGACCAUUCUUGGCGAAGAAUUGAAAGUGAAAAAAGAGCGCGAAACUUAAAAUGUGGAAUUACGCAAAAACGAAUUAUGAAUUUAAUUAAAAUGUGACAAAGUCGAAAAAGGAGAGAAAAAAUUUUUUUUGCAUAACACAUAAAUUUGAUGAUCAAUGUUUCAGCUGGUAAACCAUUUUUAAAGAAAAAAGAAAUGAAACGUAAACGAUAUCUCAAUUAAAUCAUUUUUUUAAAAACAUCAGCGAGAUCAACGAAUCGUUCUACGUAUAAACCAGAGCAUGAUCGAAGACAAUUAAAACCGAUUUGUAUUUAAUGUCUUAUAAAAGCAUGAUUGCUGUUUUUAAAAGAAGAAAAAAAUGUAACAAAAGACGAUAAGGAAUCCAUUUUUAAUAUAAUUGAAACGAUUUGUUAUUUGACGAUCGCAUUUUUCACAUGCAACUUAAAUAUUUUGAUGCAACAAAAUAAACAUACAAAACUCGUAUCUCAUUUAAAUCCAUCUAAAUUCAUUGUUAUACGUAUACACAGGUGCGACGGAAACAGAACUGUUUUUCAAAAACAUCAAUUCUUAAGGAAAAAUUAAGCAAAAGCUGUUAGUUCUUUAAACUUGGAUUUUAAUCAUUUUUGUUUUUCAUUCAGAGCAAAUGUACAACGUGCAUUCAAAUCAGAUAUAGAGAAUAUUUGUAUGCAAGAACACAUAAAAAAUUACACACCCAAACAUACAACAGAGCUAAAACAAUAAAAAAAAAAAACCAUUUAUUCGUGAAACGAUGCGCGAUUUUUUCUUGAGCAAUAUUUGUAGUGAAUAACCUAUUGAAUAAUUCAAUAACAUUUAUUAUUAUUAUUACUAUACAAAUGAGGACUAUAACAUAUGACAUUGAAACAUUUUAAUGGAACAUUUAACUGAUAAGAAUGAAAUAUAUGUAUUAUGAUAGAAAUUUUUCAUUUCUUUUUCUUUUCUCUGCUACAACUCACGCAAAACAGAAAUAGCAACAUUCUAAAACUGUGAUCGGAAACAGUUGAAUCGUAAUCACUACAAUGAUUUUUGAAACGAUGAAUGGACGUGGCACAAUGUCAAUUUCUAUGCAUUUUAAUUUUACCAUACUGUGCAAUAUUACCACCAAUUCAAAUACUGAAAUUGCUAAGCAGGUCAAAUACAAUGCAUACCGUCCAUAGUUAAGGCGUUGAUUAUAAUUUAACAAUCCGACAUCAAUGUAUUGAAAUGUUGCCAUUUCUAUUUUCUGAGUUUAAAAAGCAUCCUAUUUAUAAAUAAGAAUUACGUAUAAAAUUAGGGUAAAUUAUGAAAAUCCAUUAAAAGAGAAGUAACAUAUUAUUUGUUUUGUGUUUGGUUUAUUUGAUAUAAUAAUAUUUAUUGAUUUCUGUUUGUAAGGUGAUUGAACAAAUCAGCGCGUAAAUAUUUAGAAAAUUGAAACAUUUCGUAUCCUCUGUUCUAAAUUAGAAAAAAAAAAACAAACAUAAAAAAACACACAAACGAAAGAAUGUUGAUAAAAUUCUUAUAGGACAAUUUCUUUGAUAUAAAAUUAAAAUUUAAUAAGAUGAAUAACAAUAAAAUGAAGAAAAAAAAGAAAACACCGUGAAAAACGAAGUUCGCGCGCAGAUAAUAUUUAAUUUUAAGGAACCACAAUUAGACUAGUGUCGAUGAGAAUGAGCGUUAUUUGUUCGUUUAUUGAAUGUACAGUGAUCCCAUGUUUAGACAGAACAUCAUGUGUAUCUCAGCAAUUAAAUAAUAAAAAACAAACUUAUAUUAAAUCAUAAAUGGAUUGAAACGAAGCGGAGGAAAAUAUCGCACAAAAUGGCCAAUACCCAUACAUUGCGUUAAAUCUAAUUCGAAUGAAGCCAUCAAGUGUGGUUGUCGUUGUCGAUUUGCUUUUUUUUCUUCGAUCGAACAACGCAAACACACACACACAUUUUUGUACAUAAAACAAUAACAAUGGUUCGAUGUCAAAUGUUCUCAAUUUAAAAUUAAGUAAACAAUUUAAUCGAUUGCUAAAAUUAUUGUGGCGAUCAUUAUAUAUAUAGACAUUUUAAGCACCAAUCAUUGAUGUUUUGCAUUCGCAACAUUAGAAUUGAUGUUUUCUUCUCGAUUUGAGGAAAAAACAUAAUAAAAUUUAAAAAAAAAACAAACAUUAUAACAAUUUUUUAAGCGACGCAACAUUUGGGCGUCAAAACGAAAACACACAUUUGUUUGGCAACAAACUCAAUACGAAUAUGUAAUUUCCGAAUCGUUUUUCGAUUUUACUUUUUUUGUCGAGCCAAAAACAAAAGGAUGGACUCUUUUUUGUAGAAAAUUUGAAACAAAAAAUGAAGAUUUUGAAAAUGAGAUUUUUCUUCGGUGUAUACUGUAACAAUAACAAUAAACGUCUAGGAUGAAAAAGACUAACACAGAGUUUCCGUAGAAACAAAAUAUAAGAGCAAAAAUUAAGCUAAAUAUAUUUGGAUGAUAUAAAAAGAACUAUAUAUGGUGCAACACGUUUUUAAAAAACAAAACUGAAUAAAUCACAAACAUUUUUUUCUCUUUAGUUUA